CUUUUGCACUCAUGCCUAAUUAUGCGGAACGUGUGGGACUGUACUACUACUACAAAUACAGAAUGUAGAAAUUGUUUUUACGUGUCGUUCAGGUUGCGCUACGAUCAUAUUCCCGAGAAUUGUUUUUGUGUCACAAAAGUUAAGCGUAGAUUUUUUUUCUUAUUGUCGUACUGAUUCAUUGUUGUUUAAGUGGUAAGCGGUCGCAUGUGUGGAAAAAAGUGAAUUGUUGUUACGUCGGAACUUGAACAAGCGGAAAGUUGUGCUUGAAAUGGUUUCCGAUACUCUUAGAGUUUUGCAUUUGCCACCCCAUCUGUCCGACGAAAGACGUGACGAAUUGUUCAAAAAGUAUGGGGCUACGAAAACUAGGACCGUGCGUCGUUCCGACACUUACUCUUCUACCUUCGUUAAAUUCCCUUCCAAAGAAGCUGCUACAGAGGCUUUCUUACAGUUACAUCAAUUGGAAAUCAAAGGCCAAUAUUUAUCUGUGGAGUUUGCCAAAAAGUCAUUAUCUGAAGAAACACCAGAAAGCGAGACUGAAAACAAAAGUUUGGAAAAUGAGCAAAAAGCUGAAGACAAGGAAAGUUCUGACGGCAAACAUUUUCAGGCUUUCUUAAAAAAAUUGAAUGGCUGGACCAGCAAUGAAAUAUUUACUCAACCGCCUCAUCCUAAUGUAUGGUACAGAUAUUCCUUACCAACUAAAAAUACACUUUUGAGGAUAGCUAUACAGCUGAUCAAGGAACCUGCUUUUUAUACGCAGGUUCUACAUUUAAUGAACAAAAUGAAUCUUCCGCCUCCAUUUGAGGAGCUCGAAGAAGAAUUUCCGAUGCUGAAAGAGGCUUACGAAAUAGAAAAGUAUCGCGACAUCCUGGGUCGAGUAGGGGACGACCGUAACGACAGGAUAUCAGCGGAGGAAGAUGAGGAAGAGUCUGAAAUCGAGUCGGACGGAGGUUGCAAUGCAAACCCGUUAGCGAAUAUCGCCCCAAAGCGAAGCAAACCACAGUCUAAAAAACGUUUAAAAAUACCAAAAUUCACGAAUCCAAAUAAAGUCAAACAAAGCGUUACGAGUACGAGUACAACGAGCAAAAUUAUAAGACCGGAAGAUAUGUUCGAGUCGGUGCAACUCCCAGAAAAUAAAUCGAAAAAAAUCGAACUAAAGCCGAUCGAAAAAUUGGAUGCUGAAGUAAGAUUUCCUGAAAAAGAGGAGAACAAAUCUGACGAAGUAGAGGGUGGUUUUGGGCUUAUCUUUCCUACGAAAAAGAAUGAAGGCAACGCUGAGGAUAUUGAAUGCGAAACCACGGACAAAGACAUUGAAAGAGAUUGCAUAACUACCGAGGAGCUGGAAGCGAAUAAAAUAUCCAGUAACGAUCAGAGACUGCUGCCGGUAUUCAAGAAUUAUCAUGCGGGAAAACCGUCCUGCCGUUUGUAUAUAAAAAACCUUUCAAAGCAAGUGGAAUCCAAGGAUUUACAUUUCAUUUAUCGACGUUACGUUAACGAAAGAUUGGACAACUCGGAGUCUCCAUACGACGUCCGCUUGAUGCAAGAAGGACGAAUGAAAGGUCAAGCUUUCGUUACUUUGCAAAACAUAGGUCAAGCCCAAUUAGCACUGAACGAAACUAAUGGUUAUAUUCUCAAGGACAAACCGAUGGUCGUCCAAUUUGCAAAAGCUGCAAAAAGUUGAUUUCCUUUAUAUUUUUGGGUACGCUUUCUUCUCAGAGAAGAAAAUAAUGCGUUCGAUGUACAUAGUGUAAAUUUACUACAAAUAAAAAUAGUUGCUUAUGUUUUGUCGUGUGUAACGACAAAAAUUUA